UUUUCUCGAAGACGAGGCGACUGAACGAUGUGCCCCAUAGAUACUCCACAGACGGAGCAGCUCGCACACCAACGCAGAGAUGCGCGAGGUCGUGGCCAGACACAUUCGAAUUCACCACGAAACCUGAGCAGCAGCUCGAGACCCCAGUUCAAGGCGCACGGUCAAAAAUCCACGAAUCUCGAUGGACCCUGGUAUCGACACAAGACGAGACCGCCGCUGUCCAAUGAAGAGAAGAUAAAGUCUGAAAUGUGCCGAAAUCUCGAUGAGAAAGGCUUCUGCUCUUACGGAAGUGGAUGCCGGUACGCCCACGACAAGUCGGAGCUGAAGACGGUGAUCAGACAUCCGAAACACAAAACCCAACUUUGCAACGACUACCACGGAGCACCGGCGCUAUGCAUGUUCGGCAGUCGCUGUUCUUACAUCCACGAGUCGGAGCCGAGACUACGAGAAUUCAAUGGGACGGACGAUGGCAAUCCCGGAACUUUCAACUCGCCGCUUUUCGUAAGGCGACUGCGGAUGCUCGAUGACACAAUUCACGAAUACUCGCUUGACACGGUCCGUUUCAUUUUGAAGAAGAAAGGUGUCUCUCAGGAAGAUAUCCGAGAAAUCGAAGGCCUCCCACGCGUGAUCAUUCGACUCCUUCGUCGUGCUCUCACUUCCAAUCACGCUAGCCGGAGCAUCGCGCGUGGUGACCCGACCGUCGUGCAUCCUCCGCCACGUGCCCUGGAACGGCCGAGCCCGCUCUCAACGGGCGCAAAUGACGGUGCCGUACGAUUCGAUGAGGGCCUCGCGCCCGCGAGUUUGCUCGUCACGGACCCGUGUCGAAUCGUGGAGCAGAACCCUCGACCAAUUCCAGCCCACGUUCCCUGGAGCAUCUUCAAGGGACCUGAGAACCUUACGCCGCCUGAAGAUUAUUUGGUCUCGCUCUUCUACGGUGGCAGAGGAACUUAGGGUGUGCGAGUUCCCAUUUCUUGGUUGUUUUACUCAUUUUAAACUCCCAUGACACGCACAAACUCGAUUUGAGACAAACUUGUAUCUCACAUCUUUUCUGGGAACUUUCUUUGGGCUGUUGUUCUCCUCAUCUCCCGAAAGUCGACGGCAAGAAGUGGAAGGACUCCCUCGACUCCGAGUCUAGUUGUUAUUAUCGUCGAAAGAAAGUCAAUCGACCAUCUCCGUUCGAGUUAGAACCGGAAGGGAUCGCAUUGUUUUUUUUAUCUCAUCAAAUAGGGACUCGUUCGAGUACAAUCGGCACAGAGUUCGAGAACGUCGGCAUGACGUUCUUGGAGGAAUCUGAAGUCGGAAGGUCUGCGACUGAGGAUCCUUGAGAGACACAAUCCGCUCGCUAUCAUGCAGAAUUGUGAAUUCGAAUCUGGACGAAAAACCUAAUUUUGGUUCUGAGUGAGUUUCAAUGACAAUCUGUACGGAUAGGACCGAGA